AGCUUGUUCACGACAGUUGAUGUUUUUUGAUGAAGCACUUUAGUUUUACCAGUUCAGUGUCUGUUUUAGCACCGCUUUGUGGUGCCGUGUGGACGCAUGGAGUGAUGGGAGGGGGUGUGUGACAUGAACUGGUUAGUGUGUCAGGAGUGUGACUGGGCGUGAGUGUCACAUGUCGGCAGUUUGACACCCCCGCUUCCCUCAGAAAGAGGCACUCACAUCAGCGACUUGACAUCUCUGGGGCAGCGGGAGACGGACGGCAAUGGCGACCGGUGACAGCCAGGCAACGUUAGAGUCAUUGCUCAGCCAGGCCACAGACCCAAACAAUGAGCAGGAGCGAUGGGACUGCAUCCAGGGCUUCUACGAGCUCGUCAACCAAGAGACUGACGGACCUCAGGUGGCCAUUCGUCUUCUUUCCCAUAAAAUCCAGUCACCACAGGAGAAAGAGGCUCUGCAGGCUCUCACUAUUUGGUGCUUUCCAGGUUCUCGAAGCGUGUAUGAACAACUGUGGAAAGAGGUUCCACAGCGAGGCGGCCAAGUUUCGCUUUCUCAAUGAGCUCAUCAAAGUCUUAACUCCAAAGUACUUUGGCGCAUGGACUCCGCAGGCCGUUAAAGACAGAGUGACGGAGGUCCUCUACGGCUGGACUCUCUGGCUUAAAGAAGAACCCAAGAUCCACGAAGCCUACCGCAUGCUCAAGAAACAAGGUAUUGUGACCGAAGAUCCCAAACUGCCCGAUAAAGUAAUAAUGGCACCUCCACCCCAAAGAACCACGCAAUCCAUUUUUGACCAGGAGGACAAAGCCGAGCUCUUAGCCCGAUUAUUGAAAAGUGCUCGUCUCGAAGACCUGGAAACUGCCAACAGACUCAUUAAAAGCACCAUCAAAGAGGAGCAGGAGAAGGCGGAGAAAGUGUCAAAACGUGAAUGUACUCUGAAGGAGGCGGAGAGCUGCACCAAACAGCUCAGAGUGGUCCUGGACCAGCAUGCAGUCAGCGGAGCCGCGUUAGAGCCGAGUGAUGACGUCAAGACGCUGUACGAGCGCUGCGAUCGGCUGAGGCCCACCUUGUUCCGCCUGGCCAGCGACGCCAUGGACGAUGACGCAGCUCUGGCAAAGAUCCUGGAGGCUAAUGACGACCUGGCACUUGUAGUAAAUACCUACAAAGAAAGAGUGGGGAGGAGGGAGUGUAAUGGUGGAAGAGAAAGAAGUGGAAGUGAGGAAGAAGUGGAGAGUAAAAAUAACGCUCCAAGGAGUCCCAGGGAGAUUAAAAGCUACCACCUCAUUGACCUCUCAGCACUGGACUCUCCACAGACUCACAGAAGAGCUGAUUCACCACCAUCCUUUGAAUCCUCUUCACCCGUUUUUUCUUCUCUUCUGGAAAGUGACCAGGACUUCAAUAAAUUAGAAUUUGAUAAUCUGGUCUCAAAACAGACUCAGAAGACUUCAAGUUCGUAUUAUGAAGAAGUGAUGCAGCUUAAUGGAGAGUUUCAGAUGAAGAACACCGAGCAGAAUGGAGGCAGAGGCCUUGUGCUGAGAGCCCGGGGAUGUCAGGGCAGCAGUGUGAUGUCGAAUGGGACUAACAUGUGGUCACUCCCUCACAAUCAACAGUUUACAGGAUCAGAAUCACCUUCCAAGGCGCAGCUCAGUGAAGGUUCAGGAUCUCCGAUGAAACUGCAGGAGAACUCGUGUCCCUCGCAAGCUCUGAACGACAUCUUUGUUCCAAUGGAGACCAUCAAAUCCAGUCAUGUGGAGCCGAUCACUCUUUUUGAUCAGGGCGGGAUUCACGUCUCCCUCCAUUUUGCCAAAGACUCUCCGCCGGGUCAUCCAGGUGUUGCUGUGGUCGUCAUUUCCACUGUGAACACAUCUGCCCUCCCUGUGAGGGACUUCUUUCUUAAAGCUGCUGUUCCAAAGACCAUGUUCCUAAAGCUUCAGCCUGCCUCAGGGACACACCUACCUCCUUACAACCCUCUCCUGCCUCCACCUGCCAUCUCUCAGGUCCUCCUAUUGGCUAAUCCUCAGAAGCGAAAUGUGCGUCUACGCUACAAGCUGACUCUGACACAUGGAGACCAGCAGCUGAACGAGACCAGAGACAUCGACUGCUUUCCUGACUGGGCCUCUUUGAUUGGUCACUAAACACCUCAGCGGCUUGGAUUUUAAAAAUAGGUUAAAGUAAAAACUCUGAACCUGAUCUGCACAGGACCUGAAAUCGGUUUUAGAGGGAGGAGGGAGUGACGUGAACCCAGCGGGAAAGAAAAACUCAGCAACAAAAGGUGGGAAACUCGUGGCCCCGCAGUCGAAGCUCGUGAGGUAAACAAACACAAAGGAAAUACCAAGUCUUUGUUUCACACUGGAAGGUUUAACAAGUAUGAUGCAAACCAAGAAAGAUUUAUAUUACUCUAAAAAGGUGGAUAAAUUAUAUUUCACAUAUAAAAACAGUUCAGGUUGGUCCAGGACAGCCCUGAUUGUACCUGAUUCAGGUAUUCGGUAUCCUGCUUGUUCACCUGCAGUUUGAUAAAACAGAGUGUUCGCUGUAUGCUGACAUGUAGCUGGCUGCAUGUCUGCAUGUGAGAUCUGGUAUUUAUUUCCUUUUUGUGCCAUUCUGAAUCCCCAAAGUGCCCUGAAGAUGGAAGAUGUUGUGUUUCUGAUGUUAAUUUAUUUUAAGCAUGAGGUUGCCUUAAGGAACUUAAAUGUGAGAGUGAGGAAGAUCGGAUGCAUUUUGCCAUUGCUUGACUGAAACGUAAAACACAAGCUGAGGAUGGAAAUAUCUUCACCAGUGUGACAAAACAUGGGCAGCAUUUAGAAAUGUUCUAUUUUUAUUUUUACAUUAAAAGUACAAGCAUGAACAACACGUGUGUAUCAAAGAAAUGUGUAGUAAAUGGAGCAAACGCAAGCAAAUACAGAAAUGCUACAGUUACGUGACUACUCAGCUGAAAUAAGUAUUUGGUAUAAAUAGUGCACUUUUUUUGAGCACAACUAUCAUUCGAGUAAAAUGCAUCAAUAUCCUUACUUGUGAUGAAGGAAAAUCCUCAAUGCAUAACUGCAGUUUAGUCAUUCAAGUUUAUAAAAGCUUGUUUUGUAAAUAAUUUUCUUGCUCUCAGGGUCAAAAACAUUUAUCUGAAUCUCAGAUCUGUGAGGCUGUUCUGUGAAGAGUUUAACAAAUAAUAAAUAUGUUAACUUCAAGUUUGACUAACAUCAUUUUCAGGCUUAAAGUAACAACUUCCUGUUAGCGCUGCUCAGUUCUGCUUUAAGCCCCAGAGUACAGAUACACAUACAGUCGGGACUCUUAUUGUGUAAAAAAACCCCAAAAAAUUUAACAAAAACAGGAAGUGUUGUUGUCAUUGCACAAGGAACAAGACGUGAACUUAGCCAAUGAAGCAGUUUAAUUUUGAAGUUUUGCAAUAAAUAAAACUUCAGAAGGAUGUUGAAUGACAUUGUUUUUCACAAUAAGAGCCCCCACUUCCUCCUAAUCCAUGAUCACAUGUGAACUUUCAUACAGCAAGUUAUUUUACCAACUGAAUAUUAUGCAACCAAUAUGAAAAGAUCUUAAACAUUAACUUUAAUGCCACCCAGAAACUUUUUUUGUGUGUGUUUGUUCAUUUUCUAUGAUCUCUGUAACAAACAGGAUGAGUUAUCACAGCGGUGAAUAUACGUCUUAAUUUGCAGCUUUGUUCUUCUAAAUAUGUCUGUUCUGUAGAAGUCAUGAACAUCAUUUCUUAAUUUGCUAGUUUUCUAAAGAUUUUUAAUUAUAAAAUUGUUCUCUCAGCAUAGUCAUAGAUUUAGGACUGUUGCUAAUCCUAAAUCCCAUUUAAUUUCAUCGAGCCAGAUCAGUGUUUUCUGAUUAGUUGUUUUAUACUGUGAAGCUUUUUAAUUUAAGACCACAACAACAAAUUCAGUGCAACUUGACCUGCUAUUGAUCAUCAUCAUCGUCAAUCCAAUUUCAGUGUUUUAUUGAUUGCUUGUCUGCCUGUUGCCUCCCGGUCCAGCAGUGUGUUGCUCUGCCUUAUGUCAUCAAUAAAUACAAAUGCAAUCUGUAA